CUUGAACAGGCGUAACGUCACAGCGCGCCGAGGUUUAAAUACGGAGAGAGACGACCGAGCUCAAAUUGUCCGACUAGUUUACUAACUUACUGGGACUUUUUAACAUGGAAUUUGACGGGAGUGUUUUAAUUAAAUGUCGCCGCGAUGUAAAACCUGUUACAGAGUUUGAAACUAACCUAAAGAUGACUCUUCACUGUCAGCAGUGUAUCACAGUACUGGGGGACUCGUUCAGCAUUUGUGGAGAGGUGAAAAGUAUGAACGCUAUUCUGUGUACAAGUAAGUUCAGUUUUACUAACUCACUUUAACAAUAAUACAAGAGCUGUUUCUCAGCUCAGUAAAUGAGGUUAUAUCUGCUAAAUUUACCUCUUGAACGAACCUGCUGUUGUAUGAGGGUGGAUUAAAGUACGGUGGCCCUGAGAGGCAAAAACGAUUACUUCAUAAAAUUAGAUUUAAAAUUAUAAUUAUGUCAACACAGUUACACUAAAGUAACAUAAAGUUUAACUUCUACAUUUUAAACGCUUUGUUCAAGGUUUUGUGGACAUGGUUUAAUUGAUAAUUACUGGUUUUAUUUUGUACUUUUAAUCACAUGCUUCUUCACCAGUAUGUUGAUUAUUGUCCUGCUGUUUGUCUCUCCUCAGAGGUCACAGAUGAUGUGGUUAUUAGUGAUGCAAAACAGUUCAAACAAAAAGGAGACUUGUCUAAAUGGUGAGCAAAACUCAGCAGUGUUUGGCUUUUAAAAGGUUACAAAUAUUCUUCAGUAUUCAUUCAAUUUUACAUAAACAGUCAAAUUUAUUCUAAAAAAUAAAAUCCCCUGUCACCAAAAGUCACUGCUGUUAUUGUUUCCCUUCAGCAUCUACAGCUCUCUGAAAUGCCGCAGCUGUCACAUGGUCGUGGGUAAAGUCAUUCACUCAUCCCCGUCACACUUGGCCGCGAUCCGCUCCAUCUUUCUCCUCCACAAAUCAAACAUUAGCUGGUAAGAUCAGCUGCUUCUCUGAGUGCAGAGACAGAUUUACUGCUGACUGUGACGGUUAGAUUAAACCAUCUACUGCUUGGUUUUCUCUCCCAGAGCUUGGACUUGUUCUGAAAUCAAGUAUAAUUCCUCCAUUUUAUUCAGGGAAAGCAUUUGUUGUAUGAAUGAAAAGAUGAAAUGCUGCAUUGACUCAUCACUCAGAUUUUUGUAACUCCUUUUUCUGUGCAGUUACAUCCUCAACAGCAGCUCGAUGGUGAAAGCAUCCACGUUUUCAUUUGAUCUGAUGGGUAUGAAAGACAGCAUGAGUGAGGUGAGACGACCUGAUUCCUUAUCCUUUGUACUUUUUAAUCCUUGAUAAUGAUAAUCCUAUAAUCCGAUACCACAAGCACUGUAGAAAAUAAAAAUAAUAUGCAUGUUUCUGCUUUUAUGACUGAGCUUUUUCAAGUCUUCAAGCAAUAAAUGCUACAAAGCUUGGCGGUUAAAAAUAUACAUACAAUAUUUUACAAUGUGCAUCUUUCCUGUGCAGGUGAAGGAGCAGUUUGAAGCACAGCUGGGUCAGAUGUCACGCAUCAAGAGAAUUCUGGCUGACCGGAGCGCCGCCAUGUAACCAGACGUGUCAUCUAUGAGGGUUAUCAUUCAGGGCUGACAUCGAUGAUGAUCUAAAUGGUUAUUUUCUUUGUCUUUAUCAUCAGAUUAUUUCACUUGUUUGUGUAUUUUACUGUCAAAAAACUCCUUAUAAAUUUAAAACAGUUGAAUAAAAGUGUGACCUGUCUAUAAUUCUAACAUGCAGACUGAGGCUCUUCUCUUCUUUUACUCAUUUUCACCCUAGCUUGUUAGUGUAUCACUCUAACUUGUUUGUGUAUCACUCUAACUUGUUAGUGUAUCAGUGUAUCACUCUAACUUGUUAGUGUAUCACUCUAACUUGUUAGUGUAUCACUCUAACUUGUUAGUGUAUCAGUGUAUCACUCUAACUUGUUAGUGUAUCACUCCAACUUGUUAGUGUAUCAGUGUAUCACUCUAACUUGUUAGUGUAUCACUUAACUUAUUAGUGCAUUAGUGUAUCACUCUAACUUGUUAGUGUAUCACUCCAACUCGUUAGUGUAUCAUUCCAACUCGUUAGUGUAUCAGUGUAUCACUCUAACUUGUUAGUGUAUCACUCCAACUCGUUAGUGUAUCACUCUAAUUUGUUUGUGCAUUAGUAUAUCACUCACUUUUUAGUGUAUUUUACUGUCAAAAACUCCUUAUGAAUUGAAAACAGUUGAAUAAUAUUCUGACCUGUCUGUAAAUCUAACAUGCAGACUGAGGCUCUUCUCUUUUACUCAUUUUCACUCUAACUUGUCAGUGUCCUUUACUGUCAAGUGUAUUUUACUCCUUAUGAAUUGAAAACAGUUGAAUAAAGUGUAAAUAAAAGUGUGACCUGUCUGUAAAUCUAACA